GGUUUCGGCUGAAAUUAAAAGUCUGCGCGAUACACCGAAGUAAGUAUGUUGCUGCAUUUAUUGCCUGUGAACGACGCCUUCCAGGGACAGUUAAGUGUCGCCGAUGAAGAUGAUUCAGUUGAGAAUUUCGCGUGUUUGAUAAUUGGUGUGUGAAAUUGCUUAUCGCGAACAUGUCUCUUCGUCGGCAAAGCAUCAAUAGCUUCUUCGACUCAGCCACAGAUCUCCUGCUCUCGUUCAGAUUGCAAGCGCCCGCGUCUGUUUCCUCUGGAUCUGGUGUUCGGCGGCCACUUACCAAGCGCGUUUUCGUGAGAUUUUCGCGCGCGAUAUUCCCGAUGCGCACCGUCCUUCCGAAGCCCCGGAUGUCAAAGGUCACCGUUCAAGAACCGUUCAAGCUGGCGCCGUUUAAGCUCCGCUUUUCCAAGCUGGGAAAGUCGCGUAGCGGCGACAGCGGGGGCAGUGGCAGUCGCAGCAACAGCGUCGAGGUCGAGGAGUCGGCUCCGGUGCAGCCGGCUGAGCUCAACCAGUUGGCUCUGGGAAGCUCCGAGAGCGUCGUGAGCGGCGAGUGCGCCCACCAGUUGACAGCCGAUGCGAGCAGCGUCGUUAGCGUCAACACUGAUACCUCGACGAUGCCUGCCUCCUCGCCGCCGCCGUCCUACGAGCGAGUCCUCGAGGAAACGAGACUCGCGAGAUCCAUGACGGAAGAUGAGGAAGCGAUCGAGGAAAGCACCGACGAAGGUGAGGCUGUCAACAAGCAGGCGGCGCCUCCAGCGAAGAAGGGACAAGAAAUACUGUACAAGUCCAGCAAAGACUUCUACCGAGCCAUGGCCAAGCAGUGGGGGAUCACCUGCAAGAUGAGCGACAACUGUAGAUGCUUUGAUUGUCAGAGUCGUUACUUCGACUGCGGCUACGAAAAGUACCAAGAUUACGACAAGUACCACGAGCAGUCGGACGGCGGUCUGAGCGCAAGUACGCCGAUGUUUGUAUCAGAAGUGAUGCACGGCUCGGCCUGUCUCCUGCUCUAAGCGUCAAAUACUUAAGCAUUUUGCUUUCUUACUCGAUCUCGUCGUCGUCGCUUGGAGCAACCCAAGAAGUAGAAGCAAUCGAGCGAUCGCGUUUCGAAAAUUUCUUUUGCGCAAGACGAGAUUCUUUGGUGCUUCCGCGAAAAUCUAUAUGGGAGUAGUAGCUGAUGGAAGUCAUAUAGCAAAAAUUCUGCUUCGAAUGAUUCUAUAAGGUUUUAUUGUAGAAGGAGGUUCGCGGCUCGGCCGUGGGCGAUGCGAAAUUUUGGAAAAGCUGGUAAGUCCGCGCAUUUUUUUUAUCUAGAUGCAUGAAUUCAGCCCGUACCUGUAUCUGUAAACACUUAUCUAAACGCUGUAUGCCCUUGAUCGAUAAGAAAGAGAAUCUGUAUAACGUCCCUCGAAUCAACUACGUCAACGAGUAAGUUUCCAUCUAGAUGUGAAUGCGUACGCGAUGAUGUAUCUGGAUAAGAAAAAAAACGCUUAGCACAUUUCGUAUAAUCGGAUAUACAAACAUAUAUAGACUGCCCAUGCCUGAUUCGCUCUGAGGUUCCUUUGUAAUUUGUAACAAACAAAAAUAUGUAUGCUACUCGUGUAAAACGUGCUAUCGAUGUGAAAAAGUCUGGUAAAAUGUGUAAUCUGAGGGCCAGUGCCUACAUAAUUGUGGCAUAUCUUUUUUCCAUGUUGCAUAUACUUAUAUAUAGGUAUAUUAUCAUGUAAAGAGAGGAAUGAGAGUUUUUGGAAUACAGUGGAAUUAAAGAGAGGGGAGUGCGAGGAAGUACAUCGAGCUUUCUUGAUGCAAAGACUAGAGAAAUUAUUUUUUACAUUUUUCAAAAGACAAAAAAAUUUCGACGAGACUGUGUGUCGGACGAGGAUUACGAUUGGAGAAUUUCAUACUUAAAAGUGUUUCGACACUUUUCAUUUCCAUGACAGUGAUUGCACUUAUUUUCUUUACAAUAAUCGUUUGCAUUAUAAGGCUGACCGUGACAGUGUCUCGUGAUGAUUAUUUAAUCGUUUAAUCGCCAUGUGAGUAACAAAUUAAAAAUAAUAAUUUGAGUAUGUCAAGGCAUUCAACUUUGUACGUUAUGUAUAAAUUGUUCAAAAAUACUCGUACUUUUUUGCACAACAUGAAUUUGUGAUAUUGAAGUUCAUUAUUUCAAAGUUCAAAAUUAUCAACAUAAAUACACAAAGCAAUUGUUGCAGCGUAUGGUGGAUACGUAGCGAUAUAAUACGUAGAAAUAUAUCCAAGCACCUAAUAUGAAAUAAGGAAAUAAUUUUCACGUAAUACAUUAGACGCCAGCACGAUAUUUGAAAAUUGCAGAAAAAGAAGAUUAAAGGUAAAAUGUUUAUAGAGUCAAUUAUACACGUGUGUACAAUUGACGAUUAUAGGAAACCAAUAUGAAACCUAUUUUAUCGAGUAGAUGAAAACUUACGAAAAUAAAGUAAAAUUACGUUAAAAAUUAGUUAAAAAUUACAUCGCGAAAUCUCGGAAUCUCGCGCUUGAAACAAAUGAAAGUAAAUCAUUGACGAGUAUUAAAGUCGCGUAUUAUCUUUGCAAAACGAGAAAUCGCGUUACCUUCAUGAUUAUACUACGUACUUGUAACAGCGCACAUUUAUGUUUAACAAUCUCUAUUUAAUUAAACAAGUGUAAAUUUUAACGGCUCUUAUAUAGGUGGUAGUAUUAAGGGGUCUGAUUUUUAUAUAAUUAAAAUAAAGGAAGAAACGGAAAACUGAGAAAAUCCGUUAUCGCAGUACUGAGAAUUUUUUAUUUGUUCGGAAAUUGCACAGAAGUGCAGUGUCUAUAGAGAAAUGAAUCGGCCCAGGUUCGUCUGGCAUUAAUUUCACGUUCAUAUAUUAAUUGGAAGAAGGUUAUAGCCGAGGCACUAAUCAUUGCUGUGCGUAUAUUUAUAUCGCAGCAAUAAAAAAAACGUUUUCAUAUACACGUAUAUAUAUAUAUAUAUAUAUAGUGCUUGUAUAGCUCGAUAAAUGUACUUGAACUGUCAGGAGAAACAUUCAAAAUAAUUAAAAUCAUUUUUAAAAGGAGUGCGAUGUUAAUUUUUCUAUUAAUUGAACUAAAACUAUUCUCGAUCUGUACUUGCGAAGAAUAAUAAAUAGUUUACGAUUUUUAUAUGAAUUUUUUACAUAAUGUCAAAGCAAUGAAAUCAAUCAAAAUACGUUGAAAUAAUUCUGAGUUUUUUCAAGAAAGAGAUGUCUCAAAUAGCAAAGUUCUAAAUCUGCUGCGCUACAUCGUUGAGAAACGAUAAGAGCCCUAGUGAAAUAAAUCUCAACAAUUGUUACAUAAAGAGCCAUUAAAAUAAUUAAAGGAUAUAGAGAAGUCUUAAUACAUAUAGAAAACAUAAUAUUAUGUACCUGCCGAAAUUUUUACUUAAAACUUGAUGAACUCUCGAUUUUAGAAAUGAGAAAUGAUAAGGCAAAUGGACAUUUUGAUGGGACGUUUGAAAAAUUGGAACUCGAAUUAGUCACGGAGUGCAGCCAGCGGUUUUUGUACUGAACACUAAAUACCUAAACAUAAGUUGAACGUGAUAACCGCAUGAUAUCCGCUGGGCUACCACAAUAGCGUAAUUAUAGGUCUAAUAGACAUCCGAAGUAUAUUGCAUAGUAACUUCUUUUUCAAUAUCCUUGAAGAAAACACUUGUUAACAUUUUAUUCUGCAUUGGCUACUUUCUUCGGGUAAGGCACAUAGUGAAAGUUCUAUAUAUACAACGGAUAUUUAAUAAUUUUAAAAAUCAUAAUCUCCAAGAUGUAUACGUUCACUGUGUAGUUAUGCAAUUAUUAUUGAAACAAUUAUGCAUGCGAAUGUUUGUGUUUAGCUAAUGUCUACAUUACGUAUAAUAGAAAUGUCGGAAAGUGUUUUCUUGAAGCAAAAAAUAGAUCAGUUGCGAAGGCAAACACGGAACUUUCAAUAAAGUACAAGUCGUUGACGAACAGUGACACUGUAAAAACAUAUAUACAUGACAGUAAAAAAAUAAAUAAAAAAAGAAUGAAACAUAGCAAGCCGCAAGACAAAUGCGAGUAGUUUCUCAUGAAAUUUUGUGCUAAGGAUGCGAGUGUACUUGUUUAGAAUUUCCUAAACACGCCAACACGAAAAUGACUGUCUAGUUUGUAAGAGUGUAACUAAUAACUCACCUGUGCUCUAUAAUGUAGCGUUUAGAAAAUUAAAAACCAUAUAAUGAAAUAAACGAGAUAAUCCGAAUUCAUCACUUCAGCAUUCACUGUAAAAGCGCGACAGUAUCCGCAACUCUUGAGAUGUGUACGCAAUCACUCGUAAAUAUUUUUUAAACCCUUCGAUGCGUACCAUUUGUCUAACACUGGCAGAAGAUGGGAAAGCAAUUUGCAAAACUUUUUAUCGAUUGUAAAAGAAGAGAAAGAGCAAACAUAUGCAAACAAAACUAUACAUAUAAAUAUUACUCUUAUAAUAAUGAAUCCAAUAUGUAUAAACCGCCGAUGUAUAUGAAGAAGGAUAUAUUGUGUUAUCAUUUCGAAAGAAAAUGCUGAACCAAAAAAUUUAUAACGCGCAACCUAUAUACCGAAAUAGAUCAUUGUACCAAAUUCAACUUCGUUAUAAGUUGAACACAAGACUUUCGUUGGCGAUCGACACCCACACUUGUCGUUGCGUUUUCAACGAAUAUAUAAUUGACCAUGAAACAUGUUUAUAAUCUGUAACGUGAUUCGUUGGAAAAAAUACAAAAUAACAAUAAUAAUAAUAUAGAAAGACACAUGUAUUCUAAAACAAAGACAGCACCAAAUAAACAGGGCCUAAUUAUCGCAUACAUGCGAGAAGCUUUCGUUUUCUGGGAUCUAUCCUUUGUUAUAUACACACAGUAUGUGAGGAAUUCUACGAAAAAAACCAACAGCGUUUUUAACUUUUUCAAAAUAAUGUCCCGUAUACGGCCGUUAGCCGAGAAAUAAAGAAAUCUUCCGUUUGUUCCUA